GCAAAAACGACGUCGACAAAAGUAGCAGCAACAAGACCAACAACAGCAACAACGACUUCAACCUCAACUACUACCACGACUACUACGACGCCAGCGCCAACAACGACCCAAGCUCCUACGACGACUACAACCCCCACCACCACAACCACCAGAUUCACUACGACCACCGAGGCACCAACUAGUACAACCACCUCAGUAAGAGCGCCAUUAACAGCGGCGCCACCGAAACCAACUAAAGCUGCAACAGCACAACAACUAAAGAAGUCACAAUUCCAAUUGGAACAGCAAAAGCAAGAGCAGCAAAAUCAACAACAAAAACAACAGUCCCUGACAUUACCAACGUUGGAUUUAAAUCCAGAAGUGCCACCACCAUUGCCUGAAGCAGAAGCACCGGUAGCGCCGGUCAAGGUGCCAGAGUUUAAACAAGCCGCUUCCACGCAGCAUUUGCAACAUGUGCAGGCAGCGCAAACACAAUUUCAUACGAUACAACAACACUUACAGCCACAAAAGCAACAACAACAGAAGCAACAGUUUGCCAAGCAAUUUCUGCAACAACCACAAAUACAGCAUAAGUUGCAGCCACAAGCUGCUUCAACUAUCAACAAAGUGGCACAUACACCGCAGCAGGCACCACAAGUACGCCAGCAGCAGCAGCAGCAAGUAAAUAUCGAACAACUACAACAAUAUCUUCAAUACGUUUAUCAUCCGACGACACGUCGGCCAUCACGCGGCAUGUUGCCCACACUGACGCCAUUUCCGCGGCAUUCGAAGUGA